AUGCCAAACCGCAAGGCCAGCAGGAAUGCCUACUACUUCUUCGUGCAGGAGAAGAUCCCCGAGUUGCGGCGGCGGGGCCUGCCUGUGGCUCGGGUGGCGGACGCCGUCCCCUACUGCUCUGCCGACUGGGCACUCCUGGGCCAGGAUGAAAAGGAGAAAUACGCAGACAUGGCUCGAGCGUGGAGGGCCGCCCAGGGAAAGGAGUCUGGGCCUCUGGAAGAGCAGAAACCUGUGAGCACCCCGCUCCAGAAGCCGGGCCCCCUCGCACCAGCGCCGAGCGUCUCGCCCCCGGAUGUGUCCCGCUUGUCUCUGAAGAGCGAUCAAGUUCUCCUUAGAGGUGUCUUUUAUUUCCUGAACAUUUUCAGCCACGGCGAGCUGCCCCCACACUGCGCACAGCGCUUCCUGCCCUGCGAGGUCGGCUGCGUGAAGUACUCCCUGCAGGAGGGCAUCAUGGCCGAAUUCCACAGCUUCAUCCACCCUGGGGAAAUUCCACGAGGGUUUCGGUUUCAUUGUCAGGCUGCAAGUGACUCCAGUCACAAGAUCCCCAUUUCGAACUUCGAGCACGGGUGUGACCAGGCGACGGUGCUGCAGAACCUGUACACGUUCAUCCACCCGCAGCCGGGGAGCUGGCCGCCCGUCUACUGCAAGUCCGACGACCGGGCCCGCGUCAACUGGUGUCUGAGGCACAUGGGGAGGGGCUCAGAAACCAGGCAGGACCUGGAGCUCCUCACCGUCGAGGACCUCGUGGUGGACAUCUACCAGCAGAAGUUCUACAAGGAGCCGUCCAAGACCUGGGUGCGCAGCAUGCUGGACGUGGCCAUGUGGGACUACUCGAGCAACACCAGGUGCAGGUGGCACGAGGAGAACGACACGCUGCUCUGCGCGCUGGCCGUGUGCAAGAAGACUGCGUACAGCAUCAGCAACUCGCUGGCCACGCUUUUCGGCUUCCGGCUCACCGAGGCCCACGUGCCGCUGCAGGACUACGAGGCCCCCAGCAGGGUGACGCCCAAGAUGGUCAUCCUCGACGCCGGGCGCUACCAGAAGCUAAGGUGGGAAAGUCCAGGAUUCUCUCAUUUCAACCCUUCUUAUCAGGAGCUGAUAAUACACUCGGCCACCGGUGACAGCCCCGCGGGGGCGAAGAUGGAGGGCCCAGCCGGCCAUGCGCGGGGCAGAGGCAUCACGCGCCUGCUCGAGAGCAUCUCCGGCCCCUCCGGCCAGGCGCACCCCCGGUCCUCCGGCUGCGAGGCCCCGAAGGAGGGGGGCGGCCCUUUCCCGCCCCCGUCCCAGUGA